GGUCGUUAUUUCGUAUAUUUUCAUGCUGAUAUUACAUGUAAAACCAACUUCCCAUUCUUCUUUUUACAUGAUGUAUUCAUCAUUUCUCUCAUUUUCCGUACAUUGUGGUUGCUGAGUAUCUUUUCGCCAUGGCGGCAUUACAAUCCUUUAUUCUUUUCAUUUGUCUCUGCGUGCAAGGCAUUUCCUCCCAAGAAAUUGUCAAUGGACAAAUCUAUACUCCUGGUAUCGCGAUAGUCGAUGCGCCACAGCCAAAUACACCACUUGGAGGGGAUUUCCUACAGGUUGCGCUAGAUGUCUCCUCAGAUGGACAGCUUCAACUUCCGCCCUAUCCGAAGAACGCUGUCUCGGAGAUCUAUAACAUUACAAUGUUCCUCUCCAGUUAUACUACAGGCAAAAACUUUACAAUCUCAAAUGGAACAGCGACAGCAGGAAAUGCCAGCUUAGGCGAGAUCAUGGCUCAAGAACCAAGUAGCACAGUCAAACAUGUAAAUUGGGUUUGGCCUGAUUGUCUUGUUGGUGAUGGAACAUCGGACAAAGACACUUCCAGGGGGGCAUAUAAUAUUUCCAUCCGCCAAAAUUUCAGAUUGAAUGGAACUGACCAGUACACAAUUUUCGAUCUACUAAUUCAAGUCACCAACUCCAUACCUGAAAAAAGUGAUAGACCUUCUUGUGAUUCGAUCAAUAAUGAUUUGAUUCCUUGGACAACAUUAAACGCGUCGGCAAAUAGCUUUACUCGUGUUGCAGGAACGGCCAUACAAACUACUGGGUCUUCGCAGGAUGGAAUUGGGGCUGGAAGCUCUAUUGAUUGGAGAACUGGUGUACAUUAUGUAUGGAUGGGAAGUCUGGUUAUGAUGUUUGCGCUAUAAUAUAAAGUACAUUGAGUAGAGAGGAAAGGGGGGACAUUCUGUAUUAAUAUUCUAUUUAAUCUAAGUUCUAUAAUCCGACA